AUUUAUGAUGAUGAUGACCGUUAAAACGCGUCAUCACAGGCGCGUGAAAACGGUCCAGGAAAAAAACAUUCUGUUUUGAAAAAAAGCUGUUUUUUUUCUAAGACAGGCAGGCAGACGCAUGAUUCGGUUCCUCUCCUCAUUUUACGAUACUUGCAUUAAGCCUUAUUUUUCGUCUGGUGUGGAAGACACAGACAGAAGCCAUAAAAACAAGAUCUACAGGGCUGGUCAACUCAUCCAGGAUACGCAGCUGUCAAUAGCAGUGAGAGCGGACGCAGCUCGGGACAUUGGGAUCCUAAGUUACACAGGUGGUUAUGAACAUGCAGCUCAAGCAGCAGAUGAGUACAUGGCAAGCAUGGUGGAGCUACUGAAAACACCUGACGUUACAGACAAACACAUCAUUGAAGUCCUAGAGGGUCUCAGCACGAUCUGUUACCUCCACGUCGCCAACCAAGACAAAGCACAAGCACUUGGGCUCCCUGACAUGCUGCUGGAGUUCAUAUCUCCAACCACCAAACUCUCAAUUACCUCACAGCGCUGGAGCUGCUACCUGCUCAACAUCCUGUGUUGCCACAACAUCCCCAUCAUCUGCCACAUCAAGGAUUCCACAACCCUGCAGUCCAGUCUGGAGAAACUGGCGAGCCUGAACUGGGACAGAUGGCCUUUAAACUUUGCUCAGGAGCUUCUCGGGGUUUUAGGCUACCAGCAGAGCUCAAAGAGUGACACUUUGCAUGAGGAAGAUGAGCAGAAGGGCUUCACUUACACCAAGAGUGGUCAAAUGUUAGGUAAACAAUUAAAAAGGAUGUUGAACAUGCACAUUAACUACAGGUACUGA